UACUGACUACUAUGCUUGUUUCGUUCCCCCAGACCACCACUCCCCCCAAUCCAUCCGCCGCGCCGCCCGCUCGGUUCGCCAAUCCGGCGGCGACUGCGGCGGCAGCCCAGAAGCUAGGCCAGCGGUAGCCUGCCUCCCUCCCGGAACCAAGCUGGUGAGAUCAGCAGAAGCUUCGUAGCUCGGUCUCUCGCGCCCUGAGGCGUCCGGAGUUCGAUGUCCGUUUGCACCCCAUGGAUCCGCACCGCCUGAACCGCCCCACCGCCUCCGACUCCGACGACGCCGCCUCCGACGACUGGGAUAACGAUGGCUUUGUGAUUCCAAGCUUGAGCGUUGAAGAAUCUGAUCUGGGUGAUUGGGAAGUUGCACGGGUUUCUCAUCCUCAACCAACUCCAAAGGCAACUAAGGACACCGAGAAGAUAUAUCUUGGACCUCACGGCGCACCACCAUCUCGAGCAAAGAAACAAGAAGAUAUAGCAGUUGCUGCCACUGGCUACCGUGAUAAGAGCAAAGUGAAAGAAGCUGAUCAAAAGUUGCUUGGAACUGGCCGGGACAACAACAAAGGAGGCAACUUACACCGAUACAACAAUGUUGGUCAACAUGGCAAGGACCCCUACAAAAGAUCCACUUGACCUUAUCUACAUUGAGGGUCAUUCGUUUUGAAACUUAUCUCCUAUAUCAACAGCUUGACAAAGUCAAAAUUUUCGCGAUUUAUCACUGUAAUGGAAAUUAUUACUGGUUAUAGUUCAACCUAUAUUGCAGUUGCAUAUAUACAUGAACUAUGGGCAUGUACGUACCGUGUAUUUGCUACUCUGUCCCGAACAAUCCAUUUUGCUGGUUUUCUUUCAAAUGAAAAAUCUUGUGUUUUUAGAUGUCGUCGACACUAUAGGUUGCAAGAGCAUUAUAAGACAGUUUUAUUCUAUUCCAUUUGUCAUUGCUAUGUUUAAUGUGUCUAGUCUCUACUUG